CGAUCCAGAAGAAGAAGAAGAAGAAGAAGAAUCAGCUCUUUUUACUGUGUCACUUUUUCGUCAUGGCAGCUACCAGCUGGGAAGACUCCGUCAAAAGUCUGAAAGGUGUGAUUUUAGACAUGUGCGGCGUGUUAUAUGAUGCUGGAGAAGACGGCGGCACACCGAUUCCAGGCUCCGUAGAAGCGGUGAAAAGGCUAAAGGCCUCGGACCUGCAGGUGCGCUUCUGUACCAACGAGACCCAGGCCACACGGGAGGUGUUUGUAGCCAAGCUGCAGAGGAUGGGCUUUGACAUCUGUGUGUCUGAGGUGUUCUCCCCAGCCCCGGCUGCCGUGGCUGUCCUGAAGGAAAGGGGGCUACGACCCCACCUGUUGGUCUAUGACGGUGUUGUCCCUGAGUUUGACAGUGUUGAAAAGGCCAACCCAAACUGUGUUGUCAUAGGAGACGCAGCAGAGAAGUUCUCCUACCAGAACCUCAACGAUGCCUUCAGAGUUCUCAUAGGGCUGGAGAAACCAGUACUGUUCUCUCUGGGCAGAGGGAAGUACUACAAGGAGGAUGAAGGCCUGAACCUGGAUGUUGGGGUUUACAUGAAGGCAUUGGAGUAUGCCUGUGAUGUAGAAGCUGAGGUCAUUGGGAAGCCAGACCCCAUGUUCUUUCAGAAAGUUCUGGAUGACAUGAAGAUUCAGUCACACCAGACUCUGAUGAUUGGAGACGAUCUGGUGAAUGAUGUGGGCGGGGCCCAACACUGUGGAAUGAAGGGUGUCCAAGUGAGGACAGGAAAAUACAGGUCCAAUGAUGAGAAGCACCCCACAGUAACAGCUGAUGGCUAUGUGGACAACCUUGCGGAGGCUGUGGAAACCAUCCUGAAGCUCCGGGGCCAGUGAGGAGAGGACCAGGAAGAACCACCUUCACCACCACACACACAGUGAUUACUCUAGUACGAUCUGACAACAGGGAGUAACCCACUAACAUAGAGAGCCAUGGAGAGAUAGAGCCAAGAUGGAGGAGAUAGAAGAACACAGUCUUAGAGGAGAUAGAGCCAAGAUGGAGGAGAUAGAAGUUAAUAACCUCAUGGUCAGAGGGCAACUAGUUAGGUAAGUUAAUAACCUCAUGGUCAGAGGGCAGCUAGUUAGGUAAGUUAAUAACCUCAUGGUCAGAGGGCAACUAGUUAGGUAAGUUAAUAACCUCCUGGUCAGAGGGCAACUAGUUAGGUA